ACGGAGCCUCACAAAAAACAGAAACCAAACAAUUUUUUUUGUAUUUCAAAUUAUGGUUCUCCCUGAACCUGAAUCACAGGUUGCAAAAACUCUUCCUGAUGCUUGGGACCAUACGGGCCAACCGGCUAACCGUUCCACCACCGGUGGUUGGACCAGUGCCGCCAUGAUUCUAGGUGUGGAGGCAUGUGAAAGGCUAACGACGUUAGGAAUCGCCGUUAACUUGGUGACAUACUUGACUGGUACUAUGCAUUUAGGAAAUGCUCACGCCGCCAACGACGUCACUAACUUCAUGGGUACUUCUUUCAUGGCUCCUCCAAUAUUAUGUCUCCUUGGCGGUUUUGUUGCCGACACGUUUCUGGGUCGGUAUCUUACUAUUGCUAUAUUCACAGUCGUUCAAGCAGCGGGCGUUACAAUCUUAACGAUCUCAACCGCCAUUCCAAGCCUACAACCGCCAAAAUGCACCCAAACCGGUACCUCCUGCAUUCCGGCCACCGAUAUCCAACUAACCGUCUUAUACCUCGCUCUCUACCUAACCGCUCUCGGAACCGGAGGCCUCAAAUCCAGCGUAUCCGGUUUCGGGUCAGACCAAUUCGACGAAUCCGACAAAGCCGAAAAGGCCCAAAUGACAGCAUUCUUCAGCUGGUUCUUUUUCUUCAUAAGUAUUGGGUCACUAGCAGCUGUUACAGUUCUGGUUUACAUCCAAGACAACCUCGGCCGACGAUGGGGGUACGGGAUUGUUGCGAGUUCGAUCGGGGUCGGGUUGGUUGUGUUCUUGUCGGGUACGAGAUGGUACCGGUUUAAAAAACUGGCGGGGAGUCCGUUGACUCAGAUAGCGUCGGUUUUUGUUGCUGCAUGGAGGAAAAGACAUUUGGAGUUACCGUUGGAUCCUUGUGCAUUGUUUGAUGUUCAGAUUGGUGAAGAUGAUGGAAAAGUCAAGCAGAAGCUGCCCCAUAGCAAACAGUUCCGUUUUCUUGACAAGGGGGCAAUAAAGGACAGUGAAAACUCUAGUGAAGUUUUAAAGCUGAACAAAUGGAUUCUUUCUACUUCAACAGAUGUGGAAGAAGUGAAAAUGGUGAUCACAAUGGUACCCAUUUGGGCAACCACAAUUAUGUUUUGGACAAUAUAUGCACAAAUGACCACUUUCUCAGUGUCACAAGCCACUACCAUGGACCGCCACAUUGGGAAAUCCUUUCUCAUCCCUGCGGCUUCGCUUACCGUGUUCUUUGUUGGCAGCAUUUUGUUAACGGUCCCUGUGUACGACCGUGUCAUUAUCCCUCUCGCAAAACGCUUCCUUAAACACCCACAAGGGCUAAGCCCGCUUCAACGUAUUGGCAUAGGGCUAGUCAUGUCCACAUUGGCUAUGGUCUCAGCCGCGCUAACCGAGAUCAAGAGGCUGCGCGUGGCGCAGUCUCAUGGAGUGGUUAACGACCCGUCGAAGGUGGUUCCGCUUAGUGUCUUUUGGUUGGCUCCACAGUUUUUCUUUGUGGGGUCGGGUGAGGCGUUUACUUACAUAGGCCAACUUGAUUUCUUUUUGCGGGAGUGUCCUAAAGGAAUGAAGACGAUGAGCACCGGGAUGUUUUUAAGUACGUUGUCGUUGGGGUUCUUUUUUAGCUCAUUGUUGGUGACCAUAGUGCACAAGGUGACCGGAGACAGAGACCCGUGGCUAGCCGAUAACCUGAAUCAGGGGAAGCUUUAUAACUUUUAUUGGUUGCUUACAAUUUUAAGUGUUUUGAACUUUGGGUUGUAUCUCAUAGGGGCAAGAUGGUAUGUUUACAGGGAGCAUAGGCUUUCUGAGAAGAGUGUUGAGUUAGAACAAGAGUGAGUAUGUUGUAACCACUUUUUUCCCCAUUAUUUUUAUCCAAAUAACUCUUAUAUAGCUAA